AUAUAUAUAUUGUAUAUAUAUUAUACAAUACAAUAUAUUGUAAAUAAUAUCUCUUUAAUCUUCCAUGUGUUGAUUUGUUAAUUUGCAAGGUUGAAACAAUUUAGUUGAGUAACUAUAAUUUAUUUAAAUUGAAUAUUGAUGUUUCCCAUUUCAGAUUCCUAAGGUUUGUGCGCAUAGCAAAACCUAGUGGCAGUACUUCUGUGUUCAUAUCAUCCUCGAUGUGGGCUGAGAUGAAGAAGUCUGUUUCCUAUCCAGUUGAUGUAUCAGUAGAUGAAACCGGGGUCAUAACUGAGGCGCAGUGUGAGUGCGGAGCUGGACUGGGCCCAAGCGCUCAUUGCAAACAUGUCACAACCGUCAUGUUUGCUGUAACAAGAUUUCUGGAGGAGAAACAGUUGAUCACUGAAGUUACAUGCACAGAGGUUAGUUGGAUUUAUUAAAUAAUAAACACAGUAUUUCUUCACAUUUUUCCAUAAAUAAAAUAUGUGUGCAUGUUUGUAGUUGAACAGUCUCCAGAAACUCCAGGUAACGGUUUUUUUAGUUGUACCUACCUUGUAUUUGAGUUCAAUUUUGUGGAUAUUUAUUUUAACCAAAUACAGAGGCAUGCAUGCUCCAUUUCCUUCGACAUUCAUUGGCAAUCAUUUGAAAACAAGUUAGGGAGAGGUCACCAUAUUGUUUUCUUUACUAAUGUAAAUAUUGAUCUCACCUCUAUUAUUAUAUAUCUCUCUCUUAUAAAUUUAUUUGUGGUUCUGCCUCUAAAAUUAAUUCCAUUCAUUUUUUGUAGGUCCUUCAGACAUUUCAUCGAGCGAAGCGCCAUCAAGGAACACCCCUCAAGAUGACAGAUGCGAGUACCUCAUCAGCAACGGCAGCUCCGGUACUCAAAUUAUGACCCUAGACCUGUAGAGUACAGAAAACUAGAGAAUCGCAAUGACACCUUCAGGAACACUUGCAUCAACUACCAGGCAUCCCAUGCUGGUUCUAUGCCGUCAAUGCAGCUAUUCCCACCAGCUAAUCCUUGUGCGAUGAUCUAUGACCAUGAUUACCUAAAGCAAGAUGGUAUUGCCAAGUUCUUUUCAGAAGAAAAGCAAACAACAAUCACUGAUGCAGAGGUCAACACCAUCGAAGUGGAGACUAGGGGCCAGAGUGCGAAUAAAGUAUGGAGGCAAGAAAGGGAGAAGAGAAUAACAGCAUCGAACUUCGGCACAAUCGUCAAAUCAACAGAGAGGAGGACAAGUUAAGUUAGCUAAUUC